AAGAGAAGUCGGAGGAAGAGAGAAGCCCGACGGGCCAAGAGAGCUUGCGCAGCAGGGGUGGAAACCGGGCAAACCAGGCCAGCGACGCCGAAGCGCGUCGCUCAAUAUCGCUUUGGUCGCCAACCGUGCAGUGGGAGCGCAGGAUCCAACUCCGGAACAACCCUCUUUGCGAACUCGACGUUGUUGCCGCCGCAGGGCUCUCCGCCAGACCGGGAGAAUUGUUAGCCCUCGACCAGGACGAUGGAGGACAAGAAAGUCGAGCAAUAUUACUCGCCACCGCCGCAGCUCGGAAAAUGGGAGGGAUUCAGGACCUUUGUAUGGAAUUCCGAGACGGGCCAAUUCAUGGGGCGUACUGGCGCCAGUUGGGCGAAGAUUUUGCUCUUCUACGUGAUAUUCUACGCAGUUCUCUGCGGAUUCUUCGGAGCAAUGUUGGCCGUGUUCUACCAAACGUUGGACCCGAAUGUCCCAAAAUGGCAACUGGAAGGCUCGCUAAUCGGCACCAAUCCUGGACUUGGAUUUCGGCCGAUGCCACCAGAGAGCAACGUCGACAGCACUUUGAUUUGGUACAAGGCUAGUAACGUGGGAAACUAUGGUUACUGGACCAAGGAACUGGAUGCUUUCCUUUCUCAUUACAAGAAAACUCCAGCGAAACAUGGCGUCGCUGACACGAGGAUGCAUUGCGACUAUGACAAACCUCCACUACCAGGAAAAGUCUGCCUCCCAGACAUCGAGUCGUGGCAAUCCUGCAAUCAAAACAAUAGUUACAAUUAUCAGAAAUCGGCACCAUGCAUUUUCCUCAAGUUGAACAAGAUCUUCGGAUGGAUGCCGCAAAUCUACAACGACACGAGCAAACUGCCAAGCAACAUGCCGGACGAUCUGAAAUCUCAUAUUGCAAACGAGCAGUCGCAGAACCGGAAGACGGUCAACACUGUCUGGGUAUCGUGCGAGGGGGAGAGUCCUGCGGAUGUUGAAAACAUCGGGCCAAUACAGUAUAUCCCACAGCGAGGAUUCCCCGGGUAUUAUUUCCCCUUCACCAACACUCCAGGCUACCUGAGCCCGCUGGUUGCCGUGCUGUUUGAGGGACCAAAGCGUGGCGUUCUGAUCAACAUCGAGUGCAAGGCGUGGGCCCAAAACAUCCAUCACGAUAGAUUUGAACGACGUGGAUCGGUACACUUCGAGCUGAUGGUGGAUUAAGCUCCGAUUUAAUAAAUAAUUAAAGACCACUGCCAACCGCCGGCAAAAUCCUCGAGCCCUAGAUCAUCGGGCAAGCGUUCCGCCGUGUUUAAAUCUAUCCACGUGUCAUUUUCUUUGACGUAACCGAUAUCCAGUUUACAUUAUUCAGCCUUAAUGUAUUCCGUGCAAUAUUUUCCAAAUUGGCCAAAAAUUAUUAGUAUAAAACG